GGCCGCUGUGCGCCGCGCGGGGCUCCGCACGCGGCCGCCACACAAAGGCAGCAGCUCCGCGCCCUCCGCUCCGCUCCGCAGGCAGGAUGCAGGUUCGGAGUCUCUUCCUCCUCCUGGUGCUGAUCCUGGUGGCCGCCACCGCCGAGGCUGGCAAGAACAAGAAAGAAAAGACAAAGAAGGAUGGCUCUAAGUGCGAGGACUGGCGCUGGGGACCCUGUGUUCCCAACAGUAAGGACUGUGGCCUGGGCUACCGCGAGGGAACUUGCAAAGGUGAGAGUAAGAAGCUCAAGUGCAAGAUCCCCUGCAACUGGAAGAAGAAAUUUGGAGCUGACUGCAAGUACAAAUUUGAGAGCUGGGGAGGCUGCAGUGCUCAGACUGGCCUGAAGACUCGCUCCGGAAUCCUGAAGAAAGCCCUGUACAAUGCCCAGUGUGAGGAGACUGUCUAUGUGACCAAGCCCUGCUCCUCCAAGAUCAAGUCGAAGUCCAAAGCAAAGAAGGGCAAGGGGAAGGACUAGAGCAGGAAACCAGCAUCCUCAUCGGCCCCUCAACACGGUGCCUACAGGACUGGAUGUCCAGCUGUAGCUGGCCCACACUACAGUCUUCCUCCUCCUCUCCUUACUCCUUCCCAUGACCUCCUCUUUCACUGAGAUGCCUUGUUUUAAUCAUUAGUGUUGUAGAGAGCAAACCCACCCACCCUGCAGGAUAGGCUGCCUCCUUCCUUGCUGCCCCAUGGGCACUACCUGUGCAUCCUGCUCACCUCCUCUGGGCUGCUGUUGGGGUUCACUGGGAUGUGCUCAGAGAGCUGGGAUGGAACACACAUUUUUCCACCCUCCAGCACAAAUGAGUUGCCUUUAGCACAUACUUUUGCAAGCCCAGGAACCUGCUUGCUCCUCCACCAGGUACCAGUGCCAGAGGGAAGGGCUGGGCGUUGAAUGCCUGAGUAACCCCAUCACUGAAGCUUCUCACUCAAGGACUGCUCUCACCUCAGGGGGUUUAUUUCAGCAUCCCUUUGGCUGGGGCAUGACUUACCCACAGCAGCUGAGGAAAACACAACCAUCACCCUGAGAAGCAACUGUGUCUCCUCUCAUGUGUGUCCAUGCUGGGGCUGCAGUCCCUCUGCCUUUGCCAUGACACCACCAGUGCUGGGUGGGAGCUCUCCUUUUGGAAUUUUUCUUUUUCUUUUCCAAUAAAAAUCUUUUUUAAAAAAGUAUCAGAAUUCCCCUGUUGUCCCACAAGGUGCUGCUGUGCUGGAAACCCCAGCAAACCCCAGUUUUGCUGACCCCACUGGUGCCAGCAGUGAAGUUACCAUGCAGCUGG